AUGUCGGCCUUUAGGCCAUUGGCGAGCAUGCGAGUGUCUAUGGGAAACACUGCACUCCAUUCCCGACACUUCAGUGCAACUCCUACCCGCUGCUUGAGUGCCGUCUUCGCCGAGACUGAGAACUCCGAGUUGAACAACGUUCUGAUCGAUGUUCAAGAGAAGAUCAUUCUUCCAGCAUACCUGCCCGAGGCGCAGAGGAAGCUUGUCUUUAACUCAGCCAAGAGCGACUACAUUAAGCGCAACCCUGUCGUUAUCGAGCUCGACGGCCUCGAGCAUACAUUUACGUACAUCAACCGAACAAAAGACAUUCCGAACUCAAAGAAGGCACUGGUACAAGCGACCAAACUAAUGAAAACCAAGGAGGAGUGGGACAACAUCGCUACCUUCCUUGCUGGCUAUAGGAAGGCUGGAAUCAAACUAGCACGAGAGCACUAUGAAGGCGUCAUCCGAAGGGCAUGCGAUUCCCAACAGGAAUACUCUAUUAUUGAAUGCGCCAAGCAAGCUAUAAAGACUGGACUUACUCUGAAAUACGAGUCCUAUAUCAUCCUUUUGAUGUCAUCCAUCAACGGAAAGGUCGGCAAUACAGCGGAAGAGACAUUGCAAGCUCUGAAAUGGAACCGACUGGUUUCGGAUUUGAUACAAAGGCCAGAACAUCAACUGCGAAGUCGCCGGCCUCGUGAUCUGCCUUACUUCAACCCUGCCAUCCGAGGGGCCCUUCUCUUCGCCCAAGCACAUGGAAUCCAAACACAACAGGCAGCUGGCGAGUCUGCUGAAGCGUUGAUCAAAGAACUUCGGGACAACGUAGAGUUCAUUUCCAGCGCGUGGGCUCGUCAGGAGCUCGAUGACUUGACCAAGUCAUCCUACCUUAGGAUCUUCCACCCGCACGACGGACAAAAGUCCGCUGAGGUUCCCAUUGCCCCUUACUACUACAUCAGGGUACUCGCUCAGAACAUCAGAGCCAUGGAACUUGCACAAGAAAUCAUUGGCGACAGCGCAAAGGACUUAACACCUGUCCAUGACGCAAUGGAACAACACCUCGAAGACUUCAUCAAGGCGGGUUCUCUAAAUAAGAAAGGCUAUGGUGACGUAUAUGAAAGUGCUACAGGCCGAAAGCCUGCUUGGGAGAAAUACCUGACCGCGUAG